AUGCAAUCAAAUAACUUGAAUCAAUCCUUAUCAUCCGAUUACUAUUCUGACUUUCAAAAUGAUAGUUUCAAAAAUAUGUCAACAGUUUGUGCCCAGAAUUCCUUUUUUGGGAUUGCGUCAUUGCUAGGAUUUAGUGAACGAAAGGAUUUAAAUGAUAUUGAUUUGUCUAAAAUAUCCAACAGUUCCGACAACUUAUGUGUUUCUUCAUCAGAAGAUUCAAAUAUACUGGAUUAUAUCCAGUUAAAUUCAACUUCCAACUUGUUUAAUUCCCAAGUAAAAAAUAAAUUUCCGAACCAGCCGAUGUUUAGUGAAGACAAUCACUUUCCCCUAUGUCACUCAAAUCCAGUAAUUUCAGCAAAUCAAGUUGAUAACAUCAUGAAUGAAAGCAGAAAUCUUGAAUCAAACAAAAUGGAUGUUAAAAUUAGAUCACUGAAAUCGAAAAUGGUGAAAAGAGCGUCGUUGUCUAGUGAAGGUAUUGAAAUAUCUACAUCCAAAACAAACAACAAUACUGCUAAACAUAGAACUAAAGAUUGCAAUCACGUCGGUUAUCAUCAUCAUAACCAACACCACCACCAUCAACAACAAAACUCACGUGAUCGUAAACAUAGGCGUAAUCGAACUACAUUUACAACUUUCCAACUACAUGAAUUAGAAUGUGCUUUCGAACAUAGUCACUAUCCAGAUGUAUUGAAUCGAGAAGAAUUAGCUGCAAAAAUUAGAUUACCAGAAGUUCGCGUUCAGGUUUGGUUUCAAAAUAGGCGGGCUAAAUGGAGACGUCAAGAAAAACAAGAAGCUAUCACUCAUACGAAAAAUCUUGAAGAUGCUUUACCAUAUUUGAAAAAACAAAAUAAUGUGUCCGCUGGAAUAGACACAAUAAAUUCAGAAACACAGUUAUCAAGCAUAUAUGAUAAAGAAUAUUCAUCAAAAAUUUCUAAACUUGAGUCGUUUUGUCGCGAAACCAAUAGUGUUUAUGAGUUUAUUUCAAGAUGUUGCUCUAUUUCUAUGAAGUCCAAAACACGUUUUUCAAAAUCCAUUUCAACCAAAAAAGUUUGUCAAAGUAAAUUUGAAAAUGAAUUCCAAAUGACUGUCAAACAUAAUUACCAACAUCCAUUUGAUAUUUACACACAUGGUUCUGUAUUGAAGCUGCCUGACCUAUUACCCCAAAUUCAAUUUAAAUUUUUGUGGCAACAUAAUCUGCAUAAGUGUGUAGACGCCUCACCUUUAGUCCUUUCCGGUGUUCAUGGGUUUUCCAAUGGGUGUGCUUUCACCGGAAGUCACUCCGGUUCGGUUUCUGCUUUGUAUGUAUCGAAUGGCCGCACAGUAUGGCCGAACGCAACAGUGUCACUACCAGGUCGUAUCGAGGCCUCUUCCACACUUGGAUUCGCAGGUUCAAGUGCUGUACUUGUUGUUGGGUCCUUAGAUGGGAGUAUUUAUUGUUUGGAUAUUGAGUGUGGAACUGCUCUGUGCUCAUAUUACACUGGGGGCGCCGUUAAGUCUCCUGGAUCGUAUGUAUAUGAUUACAGAUUUCUAGCAUGUGGUUCCCAUGGAAAACUAGUCCACGCCAUAGACUUACGUUCUCUGAACAGUAUAAAACCUAUUUGGACUAAUUCUUUUGACGGGACACCCAUUGUUUCUCCCGUUAUUGUGUCAGAUAUGUCUCAAACGAGCACACCAUAUCUUAUUAUUGCAAGUCUUGGAGGAACUAUUGGUUGUUUAGAUCCUAGAAAUCCAUCACAUUUAGUUUGGAUGAGGGAUGGAAAAACGCCUGUUUUUAGCAAACCUCUUCUAUAUAUGGACUCUAGCUACAAGGUUAAUGUUAUUAUAGCUGGAGUUAGUGGGACAAUUCAAUCAUUUUCUCUAUUGGAUGGAAAUAUUGAUUGGAAUUAUGAAUGUUCUCAAGAGCUAAGUGGUCAUGCAAUAUUUUCAGAUCCCGUUCUUGAUGCACAGUCUCACAAUGUUAUUUUGAGUACUAAUAAGGGCUUCUUAUUCGCUUUGAACGUUGUAAAUGGCAAUUUAACAUGGAUGCUCGACUGGACAUUUGAUUUAAACUCCAAAAACCUAUGUUCCUUAAAUACACCUUCUUUAUUGCAAAGCGAUAGACACAGUUUGUUGAUUGGAACAAGAGCAGAUGGUUUGGUUUAUGGGUGUUCGGUGCCUUCGAGCCUAUCUGUCCGACGAAAAGCCCCUACUGUAUGGUCGACUUACCGCCUACCCAACCAAUGUUUCUCAUCUCCAGUUCUUUAUUCCGAAAACUCAAAUGAUGUAUAUAUUAUCACUGGAUGUAGAGAUAAUUAUGUUUACGGUUUAUCGUUGUAA